GAAGAGGAAACAUGGCCGCCUACAAAAUUGUGCUUAUCCGCCACGGAGAGAGCUCCUGGAACCAAGAGAAUCGCUUCUGCGGAUGGUUUGACGCGGACCUUAGUGAAACUGGCCAACAAGAAGCCCAGAGAGGCGGCCAAGCUCUCAAAGAUGCUGGCUUUGAGUUUGAUAUCUGCUUCACUUCUGUGCUUAAGCGGGCCAUUCGUACAUUAUGGAUAGCUUUGGAGGGCAUUGAUCAGAUGUGGCUUCCAGUUGUGAGAACAUGGCGUUUGAAUGAGAGGCAUUACGGUGGCUUAACAGGCCUUAAUAAGGCUGAGACUGCCGCUAAGCAUGGAGAAGAGCAGGUCAAGAUUUGGAGAAGAUCAUUUGACAUUCCACCACCUACCAUGGAUCCAGAUCAUGAUUAUUAUAGCAUAAUCAGCAAGGAUCGACGCUAUGCAGACCUGGCAGAGGACCAGCUUCCAAGCUGUGAAAGCCUGAAGGAUACCAUUGCACGAGCCCUACCCUUCUGGAACGAGGAGAUUGUCCCACUUAUUAAGCAAGGGAAGCGAGUGCUCGUUGCAGCUCAUGGCAACAGUCUUAGGGGAAUUGUCAAGCACAUUGAAGGUAUGUCAGAUGAAGAUAUCAUGGGACUAAACUUGCCCACUGGCAUCCCGAUCGUUUAUGAACUGGACAAGAACCUGAAACCUACUAAGCCAAUGCAGUUCCUGGGAGAUGAAGAGACUGUGAGGAAGGCCAUGGAGGCUGUAGCUGCCCAAGGCAAAGCCAAGAAGUAAAUUUGUGUUGUUAAGAGAGCAGCCAUCCUUUAGUUUUAAUUCUCCCAAACACCACACUGCUUAAGGACUUUCUGUUAUAGUUGCACGUGGGUCCAUCCAUUUUUUCCAGUUUAUUUUUAUUCUUGUGUUUUGUUUGUUGAUUUUGCCCUUCCUCCUGAAAAAUAGUUACUGUUUCUUCUGUAAAUUCCCUUUGCCAUAGGUUAUUUGCAGUUGUAAGGCCAGUCAAAGGUUUUUACAAAAUUGGGUUUUUAAAGAUAAAACUGGAACAUGGUAUCCCUACAUACCCUCCCCUUAAAUAAGUCUAUGGCUAUGCCUGUUUAUUUCGGAAUUUAUAUCCAUUUCCAUGGGCUGUUAAUUUAUAUAAUUGGGUUGUGACCAAGCACUUAAUAAUGGUUAUUUAUUAACUUUUCACUAGUGCACCUUUUUUUUUUUCCCUAGAGAAAACGCACUUAUAAUUUAGGUUAUAACUUAAUAUUGUUUUUAUUAUGAAUUUGACACUCUGGGUUAGUACUGUAUGAUAUAUCUGGGAUUUCAAGGGUAAGUUAGGUCAGUUGCCAGUGUGUGGAGAUGUAAUGGUUUGAGGAUCAAGCAUAAACCCUAUGAACUCAUGUAUUUGGGUCCAAAAUAUUGUCCGUUCUAGCUCAUGUGCAAACUGCGUGUUGUACUUUGUUCUUACAAUAAAACUGUUAAUAAUCCAGAUUGAUUUGCUGGGCUAAGUGGUUGCUGACCAUAGUUAAGGUGCCCCUGCUAUGCAAGAAAAUGCAUCAGAGUUCUGUGGAUUUGUUAAGAGCACUGGUCCUUUGUGUCCUGCCCCUACUGGCCUUUCUGGAUGGCUUCAGUGGUCCAUUAAGUGCUAUCAUGUUUACUGUAGCUGUGUUUGCCUGAUAGAGGUACCUUCUUCAGGAUCAUUUCAAUAAAGGAGUGAUGUGCAAUUAAA